CACAGAGAUAAGAACAAAGCAGAAAAACUAACUGGAGCUUCGUCACUUCACUAGCACUAUAUAUAUUCCUUAAGAAACAGGUUAUCAUCAAUCAAAAAUAUCUCAUUUAUAGAAAGCAAUUCAGCAAGCAACAAUCAACAAUGGGUUCUCUUAUGGGAGGAUGGGACUCUCACACCUUGGAUUCUAACUCAGCUUCAAUUGAAAGGAAUCGCUCGCUCACAAAAGAAGAUAUUGAUACUUUCUGGAAAUCGAAGAAGGAAAUAGAGGAUGAACAUCUAAAAGCUAUUACUAGUUUAUCAAAGACCAUUCAGCCUGGCAAAUAUGAGGAUUCUGACAAUUUACAUAAGUCAAAGACAGUGCCCUUUGUCCGCAUAAAGGAGUCUUUAGGUGUUGGUGACACAAGUUUGGAGCACCUUAUGAAGAAAAAUGCCUGGUGGACUAAGAGCAACUGGGCAUUUCUGAAUGAACCUCCAGUGAUAGAAUCUGCUACCAACAAGUAUGCAUCACAAUUUCACGUCGCGAAGGGGGGAUCCUCAAAAAUUAACCCAGGGGAUGGAAUUAGUGCUUGAUAAUUACUCUAUCUCAUUUCACAAUGUGUGUGUAUAUGUUCUGUAUAUGUAGACGCUGGUUGGAAUUUACUUUGUUAUGAUUCUGCACAUGAAACUCUGGUUUGUGAUUGAGACCGGAGGAAUGUUCCGUGUAAAACUUACCUACAGUUCCAUACCUACUGUAUUUACUGUUUUCAAAUAAAAAAAAUGACACAUGGAUUCUUUUUCCA